AUGGCGCCCGCCCGUGUCUCUCGGGCGCCUCAGACCCGCAGGCCUCGGAACCCUAGGAGGCCACGAGAUCUUGAGUCUUGCUGUUGCAGGUGGGAGGGUUGCUGGAAGGCGGCGCGUCUGGCCAACCCAAGACGCUCAGUUGCUCGGUCUGCGGCAAGGGCUUUAGCGGCCGCUCGCGCAAGCAGGGGCUCAUGCGACAUAUGCGCACGCACACGGGGGAGAAGCCCUACGCGUGCCCGCACUGCCCGCACCGUGCCAACAUGCGCCAUAACCUCCGCACGCAUAUCUUCGCCGUCCACGACGUCCUCUGCUGAGGCCCCCAAGAGGAGAUCGCCCACGCUGACGCUCCUGGCCCUGCAGCAGCGGGCCGCCGGCGGGGGCAACGGCGGCGGAGGCGGCGGCGGCGCCCUCGGCAGCGGCAACAACAGCUUCGUAUGUAGCGCCUGCUCCAAGUCGUUCCUGAGCGGCUGGGAGCUGCGGCGCCACCUGCACGCCCACGCCGACGCGCGCCCCUUCCGCUGCUCCUACUGCACGCACCGCUCCAACUUCAAGCACAACCUGAAGUCCCACAUCCGCACCAUCCACCCGGGCAAGCCGUUCGCCUUCAGGAUGGAGGGCGCGGCGCCCACGACGGACGGCUGAGAGGGCGCCAUGCCCGGCCGCGGGCAGGGGGAGGGGGAGAGAGGGGGCCCGCCAUCCCUGGGCCCUCGCAUGCCAGCUGGGGAGGACGCGGGGGCGCGGACGCUCGGGCGGGACGGCGGUCGUUGAGGGGGAAUCCUGGCGAAGGAAGGGCGCUGGGCCUGGGAAGGACGAGGCGAGCUUGUAAAUUUUGGUUAGGAGGAGAGACUAUAUACACAUACAUACAUACAUAUACAUAUACAUAUACAUACCCACUCACACAUACAUACAUACAUAUACAUAUACAUAUACAUAUACAUAUACAUAUACAUACCCACUCACACAUACAUACAUAUACAUAUACAUAUACAUACACAUACCCACUCACACAUUCAUACAUAUACAUAUACAUAUACAUAUACAUAUACAUAUACAUAUACAUAUACAUAUACAUACCCACUCACACAUACAUACAUACAUACAUACAUACAUACACACAUACACACACACAUACAAACAUACAAAUACAUACAUAUACAUACAUACACAUAUACAUACACAUACACAUAUACAUACACAUACAUAUACAUACAUAUACAUACGUAUACAUACAUAUACAUACACAAACACAUACAUACACAAACACAUACAUACACAUACACACACAUACACAUACACAUACACACACACACACACACACACACACACACACACACACACACACACACACACACACACACACACACACACACACACACACACACACA